UUCUUUCUGCGUAAGAAAUGAAACAUUCGAGUUUUUUUUGUUAUUUUCAAAACUUUAGUUUUCAGAGUCUGUUGACUAAACAAAGUAGAUCCAACGGCCUGUAUAUUACGAGCAUCAGAGGAUCCUAGGGUUACUACUAAUCUCGAAAUCAAAUCGAGCAUCCAUUGUUUCAGAGAGAGAAAGAGAAGGAGAAAAAAAAAAGCCAUGGAGAAUGAGAGGGAAAAGCAGGUUUACUUGGCGAAGCUCUCUGAGCAAACCGAAAGAUACGAUGAGAUGGUUGAGGCGAUGAAGAAAGUAGCUCAGCUUGAUGUGGAGCUCACGGUAGAGGAGAGGAAUCUAGUAUCUGUUGGGUACAAGAACGUGAUUGGCGCAAGGAGAGCUUCGUGGAGAAUACUAUCCUCCAUCGAGCAGAAGGAAGAGUCGAAAGGAAAUGAGGAGAACGUCAAGAGGCUUAAGAGUUACCGAAAGAGGGUCGAAGACGAGCUUGCCAAAGUUUGUAAUGACAUCUUAUCCGUCAUCGACAAGCACCUUAUCCCAUCCUCCAACGCUGUGGAAUCGACCGUGUUCUUCUACAAAAUGAAAGGAGAUUAUUAUCGCUAUCUAGCAGAGUUCAGUUCUGGUACUGAACGCAAGGAAGCUGCAGAUGAGUCUCUUGGGGCAUAUAAGGUCUUUGGAUCAUGUUUCUGUCUUUCUGUUUGCCUUCCUUCUUAUAUGUGAGCCCGGAAAAGAAAAAAAACAAACUGAACAAUAUGAUUGUGUGUUCAGGCUGCUCUUGAAUCUGCAGAGGCUGGUUUGGCACCAACACAUCCAGUUAGACUUGGAUUAGCAUUGAACUUUUCGGUUUUCUACUAUGAGAUCUUAAACUCUCCUGAAAGGGCAUGUCAAUUAGCAAAGGAAGCAUUCGACGAAGCAAUUGCUGAACUUGACAGCCUCAACGAGGAAUCGUACAAGGACAGCACUCUUAUCAUGCAGCUACUUAGAGACAAUCUCACCUUGUGGACUUCAGACCUCACAGAGGAUGGAGACGAGCGAUCCAAAGGUGAUGAGCCUCAAGAAGAGAACUGAAUCAUGAAUCCUCUGUGACAAGAGAAACGACUCUUGAUGCAUCCUGAGAAGACAGCACAAGUGUCAUUGCUCUUAAACACUUUGGGAAAAUGUGUAAUUUUUAUUUUAUGUCUUUCUUGAUGAUGUUUUCAGAUCUUUUUGGCUUUCUACAAAACAACACACACUUUGGUAACCUUCGAAACAAUCUUAUGAUGGUUGGCUUAUGUUUCAUGCUUAGUUUGCUUCUUGUUGAGUUGAGAAACCAAGCACUUGGGUUUUGAAUACUUUUGACGAAUUAAAAAUCUUGAGAAGUCAAAUUAAAUGGUUUCGAGUGGAUGAUUAUAAUCUGAUAGAUCC